GUUUCUCGCGGCGGCGGGCAGUCCGGGUGACUCCAGAUCAGCCCAUGAAGGAGGAUGGAGAUAGAGAAAAGGACGAAUGGGUUCGACUACCCGGAGAGAAACAACGCCAAGUCCGUUAACGGCUUUUAUGGUGACCAUCCGUUGGAGGCCGAACAGAACGACAGCAUGGAUGCAAUCAAUGAAAGUAAUCUAGAUGAUCCAGCUGACCAGCGUACUUGCCUUAUCUGUGGAGAUCGCGCCACAGGCCUGCACUAUGGCAUCAUCUCCUGUGAGGGCUGCAAGGGCUUCUUCAAACGCAGCAUUUGCAACAAGCGCGUUUACCGUUGCAGCCGUGACAAGAACUGCGAGAUGUCACGCAAACAGCGAAACCGCUGCCAGUACUGCCGCCUACUCAAGUGUCUGCAAAUGGGGAUGAACCGCAAAGCAAUCAGGGAAGAUGGUAUGCCAGGAGGAAGGAACAAAAGCAUCGGGCCAGUUCAGAUCACAGAGGAGGAGAUCGAGCGAAUCAUGUCAGGGCAGGAGUUCAAGGAGGACGCCCCGGAGCAUACCUGGGGCAACAACGGUGACAGUGACCACAGCUCGCCCAGCAACGGUGCCUCGGAGGGCAACCAGCCAUCGCCCGCCUCCACUCUGUCAUCCAACCGCUCUGUGGAAAUGAACGGCUACACGGCAGCCCUCAGGGACCAGUACAUCAACACCUCCAUGUCCACACACUACCAGCUCCUGCCUCACCUGUUCAGCUACGCCGCCCAGUCCGGCCUGCUGGCCCCGCAGCCCCGCAGCCUCUACCCCCAGUCUCACCCGCUGGUGCUGCAGCUGGUAGCUGCUGAGGACCUGGCCCCACUGGCCACGCCCAUGCUCAUAGAAGACGGGUACAAAGUGACACAAGUGGAGCUGUUUGCCCUGCUGUGUCGCCUGGCAGACGAGCUGCUUUUCCGUCAGAUCUCCUGGAUCAAGAAGCUGCCGUUCUUCUGCGAGCUGUCCAUAGAGGACUACACCUGCCUGCUCAGCUCCACCUGGCAGGAGCUCAUCCUGCUCUCCUGCCUCACCAUCUACAGUGCGCAGAUCUUCGGAGACCUGGCUGAUGUCACUGCCAAGUACACCCCGUCUGAUGAUGAGCUGCAUGGGUUCAGUGAGGACGGGAUGGAGGUGAUGGAGAGGCUGAUAUAUCUGUUUCGUAAGUUCCACCAGUUGAAGGUCAGCAACGAGGAGUACGCCUGUAUGAAAGCCAUCAACUUCCUCAACCAAGAUAUCCGAGGACUGACCAACAUCUCCCAGCUUGAGCAACUGAACAAGCGCUACUGGUAUGUGUGUCAGGACUACACCGAGUACAAGUACCCUCACCAGCCCAAACGCUUCCCCGAGAUCAUGAUGUGUCUGCCAGAGAUCCGCUGCAUUGCAGGGAAGCUGGUAAAUGUCCCUCUGGAGCAGCUCCCCCUCUUGUUCAAAGCAGUCUUGCACUCCUGCAAAUCCAGCCUGACCAGCUACAGGACCGGCCCAUCGCCCUGUGUGACCACAGGACCCUCCGCUGGAAACUAGACCCCCGCCCCCCCCUCCAUGAGCACCAGGGCCACCCGGCCGCGGAAGGGGGAUGGGUCGAGGGACUGGUCUCUCCUCCUGUUAAUGUGACAAGCAGCUAGUUUUUUUGUUACUUUUUUCUUUAUAUAUUUAUUACACGACAGAGCUGAAUGUAUGCUGAUUUACACUGUGCACAUGCUUCUGUACAAAACAAAUGCACAUAGAUGCAUUGGUCUUUGGAGUUUACAAGUGUGUAUCCAAUUUGCUCAAUGUGUCGGUGUUGCCAUUGGUAGAGCUAGACUUUAAAAGAUUUUAUUUUAUUCAGACGGGGACGGAUAGACACAUGCUAACGAGUGUUUUGAGACUACCUCAGGAAGAUGUUGUUGCUAUUUUUCAGGUACCUUUUCUUGCUGUUUGAAAUGAAGAGUUGCCCAGUCUAAAACGAAAUCCCUGUGGAUGCUUUGGCACCUCAAUCAGAGACUGAAUGUUCAAAGGAGCUGCAUAAAUCAAAAAUUUGAAAACUUUGUUUUGUGACACUGAAAUUACAAAACGAAUCAGAAAGAUGUUGCUAUCUGCAUGGAAUCACAGACAUCCUGUUUAUCGGAGGUGGUCUUGUCAGUUUAACAUUCCACGAGUAUGGUGGCAGUGGUUGGAUUUGUCUUCAUCGAAAAAGGAGCAUACGGGUAUUUUUUACAAUCAUAGACUGGGGAUGUAAGGCUUUAUUGC